AUGUGGCAGAACUGGAGCGGGGUGCGCAGCGGUUUGUCCAGCUUGAGGUCGUGUCAGGCUGGCCUCGUAACGGCAAUGGACUUGGUCACCACCGUGGCCACGGACCUGGUGGAAGAGGAGGGGGACCCUGGCACCAGUGAGAUGGAGGCACUCAUGUUGGAAUGUGUCAAGCUGGACCGAGAAAUUGACUGCUUUGUUGACACUGUGCAACAAGUCACAUCUGAGUUUACUGAACAGCAACAAGAGGACUUGUUUGCUAUCUCCUCCAUAGUGAAGGAGCGCUUCACUGAAAGCAUUUCCCAGCUAUCUGACAUAAAUCUGCAAACUCACCAGAAUCUUGUUAGUUUUAAGCAAAGCAUCAGGAGAUCUCGCAACCAGGAUAGCCAAGAGCUGGAGAACAUGGAGGAGCUUGACGUGGAUGUUGCUGUGACACAGACUCAAGUGAUUUUCACAUGCCCUCUCACCCAGGCGGAAAUGGUCAACCCAGUGAAGAAUAAAAAGUGCAACCACCACUAUGAUGAAGAGCCCAUCAGACUCCUCAUUGAAAAAAGACGCCAACUGAACAAGAAGUGUCGCUGCCCUGUGGUGGGUUGUGAAAACCUAGAUUUAAGGGAUUCAGACCUGAUACCCGACCACUCACUGAAGACACAGAUCAUGAACAAGCCAAUGCAAAGCAACGAGACAUUUGAAGCCAUUCAUUUAUCGGAAUCAUUUGUUACAUAA